UCAAAUUUUUUUCUUCAAUAUGAAUUGUUUACUCAGACAUGAUGGAUCGCCGAUAGUCCGAAAAUACCACUCACGCGGUGGUAUAAAUAAUGUAACUGCUUCGUACAAUUGAGGAUGACCAGUAGUUGUGUAUAUGGUGCACCUUGAAAAUAAAAAGAUAGGAUAUGAAAAAUAAAUGUUUUGUCGCCGCAUACACUCUAACAUAUAUUUCCUUAGAAUAAACAU